GAUUAGAUUUUUUUCUUCUUCCCUUUCCCACUAUCUAUAAUAUUUAAUUUGAGCUAAGAAAAUUUUGAACCACCGUUCAGACCCAGAUUCUUGAAUUUGGCUGUUGGGAGUUGAAAACUUGGGACCCUCCAGGAAAGAACUCUGUUUUGUAUUUCCUCCUUUUAUCUUUUCAGUAUUUUUAUUUUGUUUUAUAGAUUUGGGAAGUUGGGUUCUUCGGAUUUUUUCAUCUGCCCAUUUGUUUUUAUUCUGUAUUGCUCUCUUUGUUGCCUUUCUACCAACCAAUCCUCAGAAGUCAGAAUUCUGCUAUUUUUAAUCUAUGGGUAACGGAAACAUGUCUUCUUGCUUCAACCUUUGCUUUGUUUCCUUUAAUUCUAUGGUAAACACCCAAACUUUCUCUCCUUCAUAGCCAGGUCUGUGGUUUUUCUCCUUGUGGUUGUUUCUUUCAGGAUAUGACUAGUGAUAUGAUCUAUUUGGCUUCCUCUUGACCUCUACCUUCUGUAUUAAGUGUUAUAUCUCAGUAUAAUAUUCCUUUUUCCCUUUUCCUUUUCCCUUUCUUUUUGCCCUCAAUUCUUCUGAUGGAUCGGAUCUAAUUUUAACAAGGUGCUUUUUUUUUGUAUUCCAAACUCAAUUUUAAGGUGUUUUUGCAGCUUCAGUGGUGUUUUGAUCAUUCUUGACCGCUGGUGUACUUGCUGAGAAUCUGACAUGGCAAGACAGAGAGACCUGUUCAUGGGUUUUCAUUGUUAAUUCUUUUCGGAACUACUACCGGGAGACUUGGAUAACAUUUGGGGACACCAUAUUCAAAUUAUAUAUAGUACGGAAACCUUAACAUUUUUGGCGCUUUAAAGGAUAAAAUGUCUUUGGUUAAGCCUGCAGAUCCAUCUGCCUCUUCAUAUGGCAGAUCCCAACUCUACAUGCUUAAUGGCAGCAGUGACAGCACCAGAUUAUCCUCUCAAGCAUUUAGUUCAGAUAAACGAAAGUUCAUGUAUGGACCUGAAUCUUACUGUCGUGAGAGCUACAACCAGCAGUACUACACUGGAUCCCCUGCUGAUGAUUUCCAUGCUUCAAGGAUUGAGUUUCGCCAUCCAUCCAGCACUGAUGUCCCAAGAAGUUUGUUCUCUCCACAAGGUGCCUCAUCCUAUCAGCUGAUGACUGUCUCAUGUUCUUCCAUUUCUGCACAGAACUCAUUUGACUCUUUUGCAGCCACUGGAAACCCUGGUGGAUCUCAAUCUCAAUCUUCAUCCGAAUACUUGUAUGAACAGAGCCUGGAAAAUGGUACAGUAGACUAUGAAGAUGAUGAUAUCAGGUUUAAACUUCAAGAACUGGAGAGGGUACUCCUGAAUGACAAUGAUGAUGAUGAUACAUUUAUCCUGGACCAGUGCAUGGACAUUGAUGGUGAAUGGGCUGACCCUAUCAAGAAUCUAAUACUGCCCAAUUCGCCAAAGGAAUCAUCAUCUUCAGACUCUAAUCUUAGUUGCAUCAGCAGCAACAAGGAGAUAUCACCAUUGAAUUAUGUCUCAAGUUCAAAUAUGUCUAGAACGGCGUCUGCUAAGCAGUUGCUUUUUGAAUGUGCUGCAGCGAUUGCAGAAGGCAACAAGGAAGAAGCGUCAGCCAUGAUAACUGAGCUCAGACAGAUGGUCUCAAUACAAGGAGAUCCUGCACAUAGGAUAGCAGCCUACAUGGUUGAAGGCCUUGCUGCCCGCUUGGCUGCGUCUGGCAAAUGCCUAUACAAGGCUUUGAAAUGCAAGGAGCCACCCACUUUGGACCGCCUCUCAGCAAUGCAGAUCCUCUUUGAAGUUUGUCCAUGUUUCAAGUUUGGGUUCAUUGCGGCAAAUGGUGCAAUAGCAGAGGCAUUGGAAGGCGAAGAAAGAGUUCAUAUUAUAGAUUUCGACGUAAACCAAGGGAGCCAGUACAUCCCACUGAUACAAGCUGUUGCAGCUCGGUCGGGUAAGCCACCCCAUGUGAGGGUUACUGGAGUGGAUGAUCCAGAGUCGGUGCAACACACUGUUGGUGGCCUAAAGAUUGUUGGUCAGCGACUUGAGCAGUUUGCUGAGGCAGUUGGAGUGCCAUUUGAGUUCCAAGCUGUACCAGUCAAUACUGUUGAUAUCACCCCAGCAAUGCUGGACUGCCGCCCCAGUGAAGCUCUUGUAGUCAACUUUGCCUUUCAGCUCCACCAUAUGCCUGAUGAGAGUGUCUCAACAGUGAACCAAAGGGACCGGCUCCUGCGCAUGGUCAAGAGCUUGCACCCAAGACUAGUGACGGUGGUUGAGCAAGAUGUUAACACUAACACUGCCCCAUUCUUCCCGAGGUUUGUCGAGGCCUACAAUUAUUAUUCAGCUGUGUUUGAAUCACUUGAUGCUACCCUACCAAGGGAGAGUCCAGACAGGAUAAACGUGGAAAAACAGUGUCUCGCACGUGAAAUAGUCAAUAUCGUGGCAUGCGAAGGCGAAGAGAGGAUAGAGAGGUAUGAAGUUGCAGGGAAAUGGAGGGCAAGAAUGAUGAUGGCUGGAUUCCAGUCAUGUCCACUGAGUGCUUAUGUGAAUGACACCAUCCGGAAACUUCGGAAGCAGUACUGUGACAGAUACAAGGUAAAGGAGGAGGGCGGUGCACUCCACUUCGGAUGGGAGGAGAAGAUACUGGUCGUUGCUUCAGCCUGGAAAUGAUGAGGUUGAUUAGAUUACCGGUUUUUGCUGCAAUGUUUGCUUUCUAUUAUAUCUUGUGUAUAUUUUAUGCAUGGAUCAGGAUGGUAGAAUGGUCUAAUCUGAAUAGGUUGGAGGAAAUAAGAGGUUUUAUGUUCUUGAACGCUCAAGUAGUUAAAGAGGAACAGAUCGACAUUGUGUUUGA